AAAAAAAAAAAACAUCAUGAAAAUUGGAGAACAAUAAUAAAGUAACAAUUGAUAAUUUAUUAAAAGUUUUAUUGUUGUAUUAAUUUGUAUUUAAAUAUUGUCAAUUUGAUUGUUAAAAGUGUCAGGCUAAUUGGCACUUGUCAUACAAUAAAAAUAUUCUGAAAAUUAAUUGUUGAUUGUCAAGAAAAUUAAACAGAGCCAAGAUGAGGUACAUGUUUCGUGAUUUUAUGAGAAAACGAAUGAGACCAAUACCAAAAGAUGUUGCACUUAAUGUUAAAAAUAAAUUAUCAAUUGUUUAUGCAUUUGUAGCAUGGAAUGCAGCAACACUAAUAGUAUAUCAAUUGUAUCAAUAUAAAUUUCCACCAACUGAAGAAGAAAAAAAUGAUUCAGUUCGUUAUUGGGCAAGAACACGUCAAACUGAAAAUGCACAUGUAACAAGAAUUGAUGGUUUCACUGUAACUGAAAAAUACCAAAUGCAAGGUCUUAUUGAUAUAGAUCCAACAAAAAAACCAACAGAACAAGAACCACAAAAAAGUCCUGAAUUACUUACUGAAUAAGCAAAACAAUAAAAACAAUUUUUGUAAAAUUGAAAAUAAACUAUUUAAUAAUGUAGAAUAAAAAUUACAAAAAUAUUA